AUGUAUACUUUGUGUCGGUUGAGGUUCGUUCAGGGCGUAGUAGAGCAGAACAGUGUCAUCAUCAUCAUCAUCAUCAUCAUCAUCAUCAUCAUCAUCAGCCAGCAAACGGCCGCAACGUGGAUGCCCACAGAACAAUGGGAUAGAUGUGAACCCCCCUGUGGUCCAGGUGUACAGAAACGCAUCUUCGCAUGCCUGGAGACCAGCCGUUAUAACACUUCGUCAAUCAGACCAGCCGCGGCGUGUGGCGGUGAUGCCGGUCUGCAGACUGUCAUGUCUGAGAUGUCAACGGAAGAAUAUGAACGGGCCUGCGAUUGGGGCAAUUGUGAGAGCAAGAGUUGGUGGCGGGUUUCCAAUUGGAGUGAAUGCUCACAGCCCUGCGGUCCUGUUGGCUUUUCUACUCGUGAAGUGGAGUGCAUUAUGAGUGGUUCUGAAGGCGAUGUUACAAUUGACGACCGGUACGCUGACUCCUACUGUCAGUUGGCGAAAAAACCGAGUACCACAAGCCCUUGCAACCGACACAAUUGUCCGGGUGAAUUUCUAGCUAGUGGAUGGAGCAAGUGCGAGCAAAAGGACAAUUGCAAGACUGGAUUUCAAACCAGACAGCUCUCCUGUCGGUCGCUGAGUGUGGAUGGGACUUACAGAGACCUGCCCAAGGCUGUCUGCUACCAGGGAAAAAGGGCACCACCAUCGGUAUGGCGACGCUGUUUUAUACCAGAGAAGAGCGCACUCUGUACCAAAGAGAAGCCAGAAAUAGAGAAAGUAAAAAUGGUUGUUGUGCAAAUGAAAUCGACAUCAUGCAUUGACAGUGCGUUUUGUGGAGCUCACGUCUGUUUGCUUCAAAUAGGCGCUGAUUUGACUAAUUCUUGA